GUCAUCUCUAAGCUGCCGAAUUUGGUGACCUAUAAAUAUGUUCGAGUAGGGAUCUCGAAAUUUGAGUUAAUGUUCUGUUUCAUUAAUGAUACCUUGACGUGGCAGAAUUAAACUUGGCAGGAUCGACAUUGCUUGUGUUACAGAUAAUUUACUCAGUUUGAGAAGGGAAAAUGACAAGAGUUUCGCUAGGUUUAAUAAACUGAGCCUGGUCGGAGUUCCGGGUACUGCAACAACUUCAAUAUUGGAGUGUCAUAAGAGGAGUAUUUCUGAUUCAAAUAGAGUAGAAAUGCCGUUUAAAAAGAACAAAAUUCCAGACAGAUGGAUGGAUUACCAAGCCUUGGGAAAGAGGAUCCCCGGAACACGAUUCAUUGCAUUUAAAGUUCCCCUAAAACAGUCACUGAGGAAAUGCUUUCCAUCUUCCGAGGCCUUUGGCCCUUUUGAGCUGGUGCAUCAACUCGAGGAAGAGAAGGAAGAGCUGGGCCUCAUCAUUGACCUCACAUUCACAACACGCUACUACAGUCCCAUGGAUUUGCCUGACAGUGUGCAUUAUCUGAAGAUAUUCACUACUGGACAUCAAGUGCCAAGUGACCCAACUAUCCUUAGUUUUAAAAAGGCUGUGUACAGAUUUCUGCAGGAAAAUGAAAACAACGACAAGGUGAUUGGUGUACAUUGCACCCAUGGGUUGAAUCGUACUGGUUAUCUUGUGUGCAGGUAUCUGAUUGAUGUUGAAGGGAUUGUUCCAAGUGAAGCUGUCGCAUUAUUCAACAGGUCACGGGGCCAUCCCAUAGAGAGACAGAACUACCUUCAUGACCUGCUCUCUGGACCCCAGAGGAGCAACACAGGCAUAGAAGAGCCAGACCAGGAUCCUAUUCGGGGAAGUGCUGGCUGCAGUCAAGAUGGCCCUCCUGUCUGUAGAUGUUCACCCUUUAACAAGUCAUUGCAUCAGAGUCAGUCCUUUUCUGGCGCUCCUACUCACCCCCCUCUUCUUCCUCAUGAGCUGACGCCCUGUGGCCAAGAGCAAGCCUUGAGGAGGCCUCCACAGCGCCGUCCCCCACCUUGCCGUUCUGGUGCAGAGCAUAACCCCAGUGGUGGAGUAGCCUUAUCAUCAUGCCUGCAAGGCCCUCAAGAGAAACCACAGUCAGCCCCUGGGAAGCCCCAUAAGAAGCGCAACAAAAAGAACAAGGGAAACCGGUCUUGACCGAGAGACUCAAACAAACAAUCCCACUCUGCAAAGGCCAGACAUGCAGAAUGCCUAAACAAUCUUCUCCUGUGGAUAUUUUGGCAGCUUGGUGGAAGAGAAUGCCAUGGUUUAAAACAUGGCAGUUGGACAUGGUCUGUCAUUUUUGUAUAGUUUGAAAAGCUGACAAGUAAUCUGACUACAUUCUUGGCCUAUGGCAGCUAGCUAAAACUUGUCAAAACUGGCCAAUAUUCUUGUAAAUUCUGUGUUUGGAUACCUUAGGUAAAGGUUUGCAUUUUGUUUUAACCAAGCCUAUAUAGCAUAUUGCUUAUUUCUUUAUUGCCCAUUUUGAACGUAGUGUAACACAUUGUGCAACAAAUUAAAGUGAUUUUUACAGAGCA